ACCCUAUAAUGACGUGGAUGUGAAAAAAAGAACAAUAAAUUGCCGACACACACAGUAAUCAAAUUAGGAAUAGAACUGUAAUGGAAUAACAGUUGCGAUAUAGUUAGAAGAUAUUGAACAACAGCAAGCAGGCAUUGAGAACAAAGCAUAGUUCAAUCUACACAACUGACAAGCGCAAAAACUCGCACUAGGGGAGAGAACACAAAGAAGAAGAAUAGCAGAACAAGCAGAACGACGACGAAGAGGCAGAGGAGGAACCUAAAACGGAACGUCUCGGCAAUGAAAUAAUUAGUGAUUUAGAACGCACCGUGUUGCCUAUUUUGUGUUUAGUUAGACUCUACUUUUGUCCACUCCAAGCCCAAAUCGAUAGCGCAGCAUCGUAGCCCACUCCGAAGCUGUACGUCAAAGUAAACAAGAACGUGGACAACCGCUCCGAUUAAUGGUGAGGAAGUAGAGCGGGUGCUGUGGCAACAAUGAUGAAUGAAGACAGCAGUGCCACGAUGUCGUCGUCAUCUGGUGGCGGAGGCAUCAAGAAGGUGUUUCAACGCCUCUCACAGACUUAUCAGUCAACGCUGGAUCGCUCGACGCCGCAUACGCGACUGCGUUGGGUGUUCGCUGGCUUUGUACUCCUGCUCUUCGUGCUUCGCAUUUUCAUAUACCAAGGAUGGUACAUCAUCUGCUAUGCGCUGGGCAUCUAUCAUCUGAAUCUGUUUAUAGCAUUUCUAACGCCAAAAAUCGAUCCAGAAUUCGAUCCCUAUGCACAGGACGACGAAGACGAUGGUCCAAAUCUGCCGACGCGCAGCAAUGAGGAAUUCCGUCCCUUCAUACGACGCCUGCCGGAGUUCAAGUUCUGGCUGUCGGUGACAAAGAGCACGGGGAUCGGUCUGUUCUGCACGUUUUUCGACUUCUUCAAUGUACCCGUCUUUUGGCCCAUACUGGUCAUGUACUUCAUCACGCUGUUCUGCAUCACGAUGAAGCGACAGAUCAAGCAUAUGAUCAAGUUCAAGUACUUGCCCUUCACACGCAAUAAGCCACGAUAUCAGAGGGUGAACGACCAGGCGGGCGCCAACUCAGUGGCGGGCAACUCAAAGUGACAAUUAGCCGCACAGACGCCGGAGACACGGACAGCAGCGGGCGAGGUGGUUGCCACUGCAAUUGCAACACCAAAUGCUGCUGCUGGACCAACAACAACAUCAACUAGCGACAACGCAGCGACCAAGGAUGUGGGGUCGCCAACAGUGGGAGUAGGGUCCAUUAAACCACCGCAAAUCAUUGCAAUUGAGGACUACUAGAGGAAGCUACCAACCAAUCAAGCAACACCAACACCAACAUACACACACAAACAAACACCAAUCCAAGAGCAAUCCACAAUCGAAACCCAAAAUUAAGUUCAGCAUUCUUUGGCUUGUAAUCGUGAAAUAAUUUCUUUUGGUUUGCGUAGCAUUUUUCUUCUUUACUAUUGAGUUGUCGCACGGCGUCUUGUGCAACAUAAAGACCUUUGUUUAAUUGUUUAUUGUAUACAUUAUUUAGUUACAAUGCAAUCCCCCCCCCCUGGGUAACUACUAUAAUUUAAUAACCAGACCUAAACCUAAAGCAUAAUAUUACAAAACAAAUUGUCCUAUCCAAAAAAUAGAAUUUACCUAUUGAAAUCCAAUAAUAAUUCUUUGAUUAUCUAUCUGAUGCUUAGAUGCUAUAACACUUUAUGUUUACAACUAUAUACAUAUAUAUAUAUACUAGCAUAUAUAUAUAUAUAUGUAUGUAUUUAUAUAAUUUGCAUUAUAAUUAUACAAAUAAUUUUUGUUUAGCGUUAACUAUAUACAAAAUGUUAAAAGGCAGAAUGAAAAACGGAACUAAAGGAAGAGUGUAAAACUGGGGUGCGUCUUAUGAAUAAAGGGAGACAAA